AUGUCGCGAACGCCGGACGCCGAAGAGAACACCACCACGUGCCGGGCCAGGGCACGGUACUCGGCCAGUCCGCUGGACUUGAAACAGAAGCCUUUGGCGGCGGUCAACGAUUCGCCGCCGCCGGUGCCGUCAAAGACCAACAACAGGACUUCUUUUUGUAUCGAGGCACUGCUAGGCCGAAGAGACGAGCGGCCGGUGGCGCGGAAAACAUCGCUGACCACCGGCUCGUCCGACUGUAGCACGACGCCCUGCUCGAGCCGGAGCGUUUCGCCGGGCCCGGAACAGCUGCUGCCCUACGACGGCUAUGACGACCGGCAGACCAGCGGCGAUGAGAACGACACCGCGGCCAGACCGUCAGCGUCGCCGCCGCAGCAGCCGCCGCCGCCGUCGUCGUUGGCCUACGGCAAUCCGCAAAGCUACAUGGCUGACUACGCGAUGGCCGUCCGGCAACGCAACGGUGACGGCACUGGUUUCGGGUUCGUGGGCCACGGUACGUCAGCCUUUCAACCACUACCGCGGUCGAUGGACUCGACCGCGGUCCAAGCCGCCGGUCCGGCCACAAACGCCGCUUCCGCGGCCACGGCCAACCGGUCCAACGUUUCGGCGGGCCAACUGCAGCAAAUGCAACUCGAGUGGUUCGCCAGGGCUGGAAUGUUCUACGCCGGACCCAGACUGCACGACUUAACGGGCCAACAUCCGCACGCUCUCUUGGGGAAGACGAGAAGACCAAGAACCGCGUUCACCAGCCAGCAGCUUUUGGAAUUAGAAAAACAAUUCAGACAGAACAAAUAUUUAUCUCGACCCAAACGAUUCGAGGUGGCCACCAAUUUAAUGUUAACCGAAACUCAGGUGAAAAUUUGGUUUCAAAACCGGCGGAUGAAGUGGAAACGCAGCAAAAAAUCUCACCAGGAUGCCAAGAUAUCGUCCAGGGAAGACGCGGUUCCGGAGAAGAGGACUGCGCCAACCGUCCGGACUUGCGACACCGGAAACAACGACCAGCACUAUCCGAAAAACGGGCACGGCACCAGAGAAACUUCCGGUUGCAACGAGAAACCAAACUCCGAAACCGAUCAUGGUCCCAUGCCUUCUGCAACCGCGGCCAUCCAGACCCAACCCAACCACAAUACAGCUGCUCAAUUAAAUCAUAACAACUACCAUACCACGAUACGAUCUCGUCACGAACAAGAAGUAAAUUGCGAAUCGUUGUACCGACCUUAUGUGUCAUAAUCCGGGGCAUACAAUUACUAUUGAUCAUUUUUAUUUAUUGUAAAUAACUAUUGUUUCAUUUUUUUUUUUGGCGUUUCACAAUGUCGUCUGCAGUCGAGUCUAAUAUCUCCUUGGAUUUAGGCGUUUCUGAAAACACAGUUGGAUUUAGGAGAACACCUGGACUAUAACUUAACCUUUGCAAAUUGUCCCUCGUUAUUAUUUGUAUUUUAAAUCUGAUUUCCCGCAUAGUGGGUACAGUAGUGGAAGGGUUAACCUGUCAGUCGGCGACUUUUGCUUUUCCGGAAUCGGUGUCGGUGUAAUGCAUUUUUUUUUCUAUUACUCCAAUUUGUCGUUAAGAUACGGACCUAGUGUUUUGGCACCACUUGCAUUCCUAUAAACGUUCAUAAAGGACACGUUUGAAACGAUGCCAACGAUCGUGAGGCUAAGACAGUCGAACAAGAAAUUUCCAAGCAACAAUAAUUUACUUCGAUUACUUAUCCCAUGCUAAAUCCACUCAUUCCACAAACUAUCCGUAAACAACUUUUUUUUGACACUGCUUCUAAAGUUACUCUUUUAUUACUAUUCGUGUACGAUUUGAUGUCUUAUUUCGCUGUUGUAUACCAUUUUUAUUUUACAACGUCCAUUAUCAAAAUAUAUAAUGUAAAUACAGAACCGUCCUUUUAUUCCAAGUGUGUAUUCGAUUGUCCAGUUGAUU